AUGGACAAUAUGGACUCAAUAACCAGCUUUGUCCCACUAUGGGAGGCUCCCGAUAAUAUCCGCAAUACUGUUGAGGUUGCCGAUUUCCAUAAUAACCGCGACCACCACGCGUUCAAAUUGAGAUUUCGUUCCUGCUCCGUUAUAUCGACAUCUACUACUACCGAAAACGAUCGGCCGUUGCCCACAGUUAAGAUAUUGGGUACUGGUGGUACCAUUGCCUCCAAAGCAAGCUCAUCACAAGCAACUGCAGGCUAUAAAGUAGAUUUGACCAUUGAGGAGUUGGUAAGUCAAAUACCUGAUCUACUCGGUACAUGUCAUCUCGAAUAUGAGCAGGUUAUGAAUAUAGAUUCGUCCGAAAUUGGCUUGGAAGAGGUAGUUUUAUUGAGAAACCAAAUAGUUGAAGACCUUGACAAAUAUGACGGACUUGUAAUCACACACGGAACCGAUACCUUGGAGGAAACGGCAUUUUUCAUCCAAUCUACAAUAAACACCAGCAAACCAAUUGUAUUUUGUGGGAGUAUGAGACCCAGUUCGGCAAUCUCUUCAGAUGGGCCUAUGAACUUGUACCAGGCAAUUGUUAUUGCAUCCAACCCCGCAAGUCAUGGAAGAGGGGUAUUGACAUCGUUGAAUGACAGAAUUGGAUCUGGAUACUAUAUCACCAAAUCAAAUGCUAAUAGUUUAGAUACUUUUAAAAGUGUAGGUCAAGGCUAUAUCGGCAAUUUUGUCAACAACCAGGUCAGGUACUACUACCCACCUGCCAAGCCUCUAGGACUAACCAUAUUUGAAGUAGGCAAGAAGCUCUGUCUUCCUGAAAUUCCCAUAUUAUAUGCACACCAAGGUUUCAAUAACAAAAUCAUCAAGUUGAUGAUUACAGAGUUGGAGGCCAAGGGUUUGGUAAUUGCUACAAUGGGGGCGGGCUCUCUAUCAACAGGAACGAAUGAGGUCUUGUCGACUUUGGUAAACUCAGAAAUUCCUAUAGUUUACAGUAAACGGUCUAUGGAAGGUAUGGUUCCAAUUGAAGCAUUGCCCAAGGUCAAUGAUAGACCUAUGGAAAACGUUAUUGCCGGUGGAUAUUUGAAUCCUCAAAAGGCUCGAAUACUACUCCAACUUUGUAUCAAUGCAGGCUACAGCUUGAAGCAAAUAAAGAAGGUAUUUAAAAGCGUAUAG